UCCUUUACUCAGCUGGUCCAGGCUGGACGAUGUGGUGGUGGCUGCUUGCUGUGGUGUUUGUCGGCCUGAUGCUGGCCUUCCUGACCUUCGGGCGGCGCUACAAGGUGUUCAGUGAGAGGACCGUCAAGCCUCCGGGAGCCCUGGAAAACAAUGACAAAAAGAGGGAUGACAGACUGAAGAGAGGAUUCCGCAUGGAUCGUGUUCCUCAGGGUUUGGAUGCUGUGGUUAUUGGCAGCGGGAUGGGAGGACUGUCAGCGGCGGCGUUGUUGUCCAAAGCUGGAAAGAAGGUUCUGGUUCUGGAGCAGCACGAUCAGGCUGGAGGAUGCACGCACACCUUUCAAAAUAAAGGAUUUGAGUUUGAUGUGGGCAUUCAUUACCUGGGCCAGCUUCAUGACAACAGCAUGCUGAGGAUUGCGUUGGAUCAGAUCACAGAAGGCCAGUUGCAGUUUACUCGACUGGAGCAACACUUUGAUACUCUGCUUUUGGGCCAGCCAGGACAACAAAGGGAGUAUCACAUCCAUGCUGGGAAGAGUGAAAUGGCAGCCAGCCUGAAGAAGCAGUUCCCUGGGGAGGAGGACGCCAUUGAUGAGUUUUUCCGCUUGAUGAAGUUAGCCUCACAACGGACACCACUGAUUGCCGGUUUGAAGAUGAUUCCUUAUUGGCUGGUCAACUUCCUGAUUUGGACGGGCCUAUUGGAUCGCAUAUCAACCGUCUUCCGCCUAGCGACAACAAACCACUCCGAAAUCAUGUCCAGUCUCACAGACAACAAGGACCUUCAGGCUCUCUCUGCCUACCUUUUCUAUGGUGUGCCUCCUAAACAGUCCAGCUUUCUCAUCAAUGCACUUCUUGUCCAUCAUUACAAACGCGGUGCUUACUACCCACGAGGGGGCGCCAGUGAAUUCGCCUUCCAUAUCAUCCCUGUCAUCCAGCAGUCAGGGGGCGCUGUCUUGGUCAGGGCUCCCGUGCAGCGUGUUCUACUAAACCAGCAAGGGAGAGCUUGUGGUGUGACGGUGCUGAAAGGCCAGGAGGAGAUUGAGAUCUUUGCUCCUGCCAUCAUCUCCAAUGCAGGAAUCUUCAACACCUUCCAGAAGUUUUUGCCACAGCACAUCCAAGAAAAAGCAGAGAUCCGGUCCUUGUUGAGUAUGGUACGUCACGGCAUGGGUUCCUUCUUGGUCUUUGUUGGUCUGGAUGGAACCAAAGAAGAACUGGGAAUCGUUUCCACCAAUUUCUGGAUGUAUAAAGACAACGACCUGGACUCACUGAUGGAAGAGUAUUCCUCACGGAGCAGAGAGCAGGUAUUGGGGAACAUUCCCAUGAUGUUCAUCACCUUUCCAUCUGCCAAAGAUCCCACAGCCAGCAUUCGACACCCAGGCAAGUCCUGCAUGACUUUGCUCACCAUGGCUCGCUAUGAGUGGUUUGAGGAGUGGGAGGGGACAAAGCUGGGCAAGAGGGGACAGGACUACCUGGAUAUGAAACACGCCAUGUCUCAAGAACUGCUGGACUGGGCCCUGACCAUCUUCCCCCAACUGAAAGACAAGGUGGUUAUGGUGGACGCUGCCACCCCGCUGACGAACGUCCACUAUUUGGGUGCCCCAAGAGGGGAAAUGUACGGCGCGGAACACAACCUGGAGCGCUUCACCCCACAAACGGUUGCAAGGACCAGACCCCAAACACCAGUUGGUGGUCUCUACUUAACAGGUCAGGAUGUGUUCUGUAACGGCAUGGCUGGAGCUCUGCACGGUGGAAUUCUUUGUGCAUCGGCUGUCCUCAAUCAGAUUCUCUACAUCGACCUUCUAGCCCUCAAGACCCGCAUUAAAAGAAAACAGGCCAAUCGCAAACUCGCUUGACUUGGAUUUGCCUCACAACAGUAAAUACAUCAUAUAAAUAUCAAGAUCAAAUAUAUGGAGCAAAUAUCUUCAGCCUUUCAUUUUAUUCAUUCGUCACUCCCUAAGUCGUGUCCAUAGCAAACAUUUGUCCGGUGACAAGUCACGUGACUAGCCAAAAUGGCAGCAUGUCAUUUGAAAUGAAAGCUAAUUUUCAAUCCAUUUAACAAUAAGCAACACUUUAAUUAGCAAAUGCAACAAAAUAAUACAAGAAAUAAUAAUACUUAUACAAAAAUAAAAAGCAUUCAUUCAUAAAUUCAUAAUAAAAAGGUUUUUGUUUUGCAAUGAAACAAAAAAAAGCCAAGAAAUAAAUGUUAAAAAGACUUUCUGGCCUUUUCCUCAUUCUUUUUCAUUCAACGAGUGAAACAGAAACACUUCCAUUGUGUGCUUUAGUCUUCACACUCCUGCUUGGGAUCCACGUGCACGUUGGCAUUUUCAUCUUCACAGCAGAAGAAGUCAUCCUUCACGUUCCAACCACUCCUUCUAGAACACCCAGGUGACAGGAACCCACUGGUGGGUUUUAGAGACCAUGUCCAGGGCAGCUUUGACUUCCCGGUAGCUUUCAUCCAGGUUGUUGUUUUGGAUGCUGAAGUCAAAGUAAUGACCGUAAGCAGCUUGGAUUUUAGAACUCUCCUCACACGUUCUCUGCAGCUCCUCAUCCUGCCAUCGACAACACCACAUUCCAAUCACUACACAACAUCCAUCCAUCCACACACAACUCAGCAUUUUUUGCGUCCAUCUUUCAUUAGCACAACUUUUCCUUUCUGCAUAAUAGUCCUACCUCUCUCUCCCAUCUUCAUCACAAACGCAUCCCAGUGCUAAAUGUCUGCUAAACACCUCCCCAUGUUAAUUGUCUGCUAAUUGCUAAAUAUCUAUUAAUUGGAAAUGUCUGUUAUUUGCUAAAGGUCUGAUAAAUGCCAAAUGUCUGCUGAAUGCUAAAGGUGUGCUAAAUGUCUACUAAAUGCUAAAGGUGUGCUAAAUGCUAAAAGUCCGCAAAAUGCUAAAUGUGUGAUAAAUGCUAAAGGUGUGCUAAGUGCCUGCUAAAUGGUUGCUAAAUGCUAAAGGUCUGUUAAAUGUGUGCUCAAUGCUAAACCUGUGCUAAAUGCUAACGGUCCACUAAAUGCUAAAUGUCCGCUAAAUGUCCGCUAAAUGUCCGCUAAAUGUCUGCUAAAUGUCCGCUAAAUGUCCGCUAAAUGUCCGCUAAAUGCUAAAAAUCUGUUAAAUGCCUGCUAAAUGCCUGCUAAAUGCUAAAGGUCUGCUAAAUGUGUACUCAAUGCUAAACCUGUGCUAAACACUAAAGGUUCGCUAAAUGCCCUGUUAAAUGUCUGCAGACGAAUAAAGGCAUAUCUUAUCUUAUCUUAAAUGUCCACUCAA